AGUACCUACGUUGUGUCUGUGAGGUUACAUAGCCUUCAACUGAGUGUACUUGCUCGCACUAUGAGAUAUUAAGUAGCGUUCUAAGAGGUUCUCGCAAGGUCGGCGCUAAUGAAAAGUCGUCACUAAAAAAAAAUGGCUGAUUAUACUCCACCAGAAGAGUCUACUUACGUCUGGUUUAGUCACUACGAUGACAUCAAAAAUUAUCCAUUUUAUGAUGCGUCAGGCACAUUGGCACUAAUUCUCAUUACUUACUUAGUAUUUGUUUUGUAUGUGGGUCCUAGUACUAUGAAAGAUAGAGAAGGAUUCAAGUUAAAGAGUAUAUUAUCAAUAUACAAUAUACUGCAAGUCAUAAUAUCAACUUAUCUUACAUAUUUGGGUUUAGAAAUAUUGUUAGAAACGGGUGUCUUACCAAAAGCAUGUCCUAUAUUUGACCCGAAAUUUCGAGAUAAGAUAUCAUACUACACGUAUACUUAUUUUCUGGCAAAAGUCACUGAGCUCUUAGAUACAAUUUUUUUCGUCUUAAGGAAGAAAUACAAGCAAGUGUCAUUCCUUCAUCUGUACCAUCACACUUCGGGAAUCAUUGGAUCUUACAUAUUAUUUCGUUAUAGUCACAGCGUUACUUGUCUUUAUUUCAUGACUAUUAACUCUAUGAUUCAUGUCAUCAUGUACUUUUACUACUUCAUGUCAGGCCUUGGUCCACAAUAUGCAAAGUAUUUAUCAUGGAAAAGACACCUUACGAAUUUACAAAGGAUCCAGUUUAUAACUGUAUUACUUCAUCAGUUGUAUAGUCUGUUGCGCACGAAAUGUGAGUACACAGUAAUAACAAUCGUGUACGCAGUUUAUUCCACUAUCCUGUACUUCAUCAUGUUCACCAAUUUCUACUCGUCUACAUACAAGAAGUCUGCGCGAAAAAACAAAGAUGUGUUGGAAAUAAACGACGAGGAAGUAGAAGCAAAAGAAACAAAGUCUCUGUAACAUUUCUACCCACGUGUCUGCUUGGUGAAAGAGCUGUCAAGCUUAAUUUACUAAUAUUAUAAUCUAUCGUAUUCCCUUUCAAUUUGACAUUUGAAAGUCAUUCGCAAAUUUCUCGCUAGCCUCAUCAUAUCAACGACCGCGAUGUUUCUUUGAAAGAACGAUAUGAAUGAACGAUAUCUUUAAUUUGAAUUGUCUAAGCCAAGCGUUAGACACACAUUUUUUGAUCAUUCAAAUUAUUCGUUCUGAAACCGAUUACGAGUUCAAACUAUCACAAUCGCUACACCUUUGAAAAGGAUACCGAUAGAUUAUUAUUUCAGACAAUUAAACAAGGUAGUUUGUUUGAUUGACGCCCAAUUGCCUUAACAAAUCUGAGUCUAUGGAGACAUAAUUAAAAAUCGAACUUUGGAUU